CACCUCCAGAAAUGACAUUGUUGACAUCGCUCCUUGGGGGCUUCAUCAUUUGAUUUCUUCUCUUUCUAGCGUAAUCCAUCGCGCAAUCCGUCAAGAUGGCUCGCGACAUCCGCGCAAAGGCGCUGCAGAAGAUUGCCUCGCUGUCUUCCACCACCUCGACGACGUCGUUUGAUCGAUCCGACCUCGACAGACUAUGCAGGGCUUGUCAUGUUGGGACGAAGGGCAAGGAGUUUACUAAUGGUUAUAAUGCCAAAUCUAUGAGCUCUCUGGGACGAGUGCCAAUGUCCAUUCGAGAAUUCGAGGUCCUCCUCGCGUUGUGUAAGACCGCCCCGAAAAUCAAAUCCAGCCAAAGCGCGCAGAGGCUCUCCUAUCAACUCUUCCCGUACAUACUUGAAGCAUAUGUCCAAGUUUUCGAUCCGUCGCCCUUCUUCCGCAAGAUCGACCCGUCCCCGACCGAAGCCCUAGCCUUCCAUGUGACCGCCGCGUUGCUGGCACUCGGCAUCAACUACGACGAACUCCAAGAGAACGUGGCCGAUAAACUAUGGUCGUUUGUGAACUCAUGCAAGCGAGCUACCGAGAGCAUCCUCUCCCCGCAAGCUGGAGAUCCCGACAACCCACACCUGGAGGAUGCGAUUCGAACCGCCACCAUCACCGUGGCAUUGGUGGGAUUCUUGGAUGCUGCAGCCGCGCAGGCUGAUUUCUGGAGAGCUGGUGGUCGAUUGGCUCUGAUCCAGAAGAUUAAGUCGCUUCUCUCAGAACCAUUUAUGAUUGCCGUGGAAACCGCCCUCUCGACCAUUCGAAACUCCCAUAGCCAAGAUCGCGAAGUCAAGGAGUGGAAGAGAUAUCUGCGCCACUAUGCCUCUUCCGGGCGCCCUCUGGGGGCGAUGCUUUUGCACCGGAGCUUCAUGUGGCUGGUUGUUGCUAGCACUUCGUUGAUGGUGGAGACUGGCGGCAAAUUGCGAGAGUCUCACAUUUUGGAUAUUCUCAUGGCUAGGGGAAGCGAUUUGCGUGGAAAAUUCCUCCAGGGCCAUGAAGCCGACUUUCAAACUGUCGAAGCCUACACUGCCUUCACGAUUGGCGAGAUCAACUACAUUGAUGCUGGAGUUGACUUCAUCCGGAUGGGCUCCCCCGAUCAGCAGAGUCUGGCCUAUUCCGUGAAGGCCGCGGCCUUGAUUUCCUAUUUGAACUGUUCGCUGUUGAACGAGGACGCGGCCGACGCGGAUAUCCUUAUGAAUUGGCUGCAGGAAACUCUGGACGAUUCUGUCCAAAUGGCAGAUGAGACGCUGGCUUCCGUUACUUUGCGUUGCCUGGCCCUUAUAUGUCAGGCCUCUCCAAGUUUCUCUUCGGCCGUGAGCCGAAUUGUUCCGCGAUUCAUUGUUCAAGGUGCGCCUCAGGGCGAGACAGUCAAGGUUGCGUCCAACAGUUUGGCGUAUGUCCUGAAAAUGCUCUCGCAAGAUGCUGUGAUCAGCACCUUGUAUACCUUGGGCAAUGUUCUCAGUCCCGGAACCGAGCAGGCCUUUGCCAAUGGUCAGACUAAUGGUGCCGUUGGCGAAAAUGGACUUGCUUCGAUCUAUGCCAACCGUCAGUCUAUGGGAAGCUCCAUUUCUCUUCAGAUGUACGGCGAAGAAGAGACUGCGCUCGUCUCAGGAAACGUUGUGCAGGUUAUUUGUGGCGUUGCCGCAGCCUGCAACGACGAGAAAAUCACGGCUCUCGCUCAGUCGAUGCUGCAACAAAAACUUGAGAAGGUCAACACAGGCGUCGAUGCUCGCAUCAUCAGCGGUGCCGCAGCCCUGGCCCUCGAGGGUGGACAGCUGGAGUUCCGCUCGUUGCUCAAGAUGUUCACCAGGCUUUGCCAUACUGGAGUCGUUGAGAACCAAAUGUUUCUGCUGGAAGCCGUGCGCAAUGCACGUACUCAUAUCUCUUCAAACCUUCGGCGUGACUCGCCGCUUUUCGAAAUUUUCUUACAGCACUUGCUCGACAGUAUUGUUGGGCUAGGUGACGCCCAUUCGUCCAACCACACAAAGGAAUCAGAUGUCCAGAUGGCUGCGAAGGAGAUUGCAGAACUCCUGCACCCUCUUGCUGUAUUCAUGUCGAGCAACGAUUUUGCGGCUGAGCCAAUUGCCGAUGAUGAGACCUAUGCCCUUCUCCGAGAUGCUUGGUUCAACAUUGUCGUCCACGGCUUUACUACCAACACCGAUCGUGGUAGGCAGUAUCUCAACGAACUCCGGAUGAUCUCGAUCCACUCUCCCCCCUUGGUGGCAGAGCAGCGAGGCGAACAGGUUGAAAGUGACAUUGAACUCAACACUGUCUUGCGACGCGGAUUCAGCAACGAUCGAGAGUCAUCACAGAGAAAGCUUCUUAGUGACCUUAUUCCAUCGAAGGCUGCCGAGAUUAAGGGCCUGAGCUACCGGAAAGUCGUCUUCCUCCAAGCUGCGUAUCUCAUGGAGAGCCUUCGAGCGGACUCUGGUGACUGCACCAAAGUUUUAUCAUACUUUUUGGAACCCAGCAUGCAAAAGGGUGAGGUUAGCAGCACGAUGGAGGGUAUCGCGUCCGCGGCUGUCGAGAAGUACGUCAAAAAGACUCAGGGAAUGGUGGACCCGGGCUUUUCUGCUCAGUACGCCGCCUCCCAACUUGCAGCUAUCUUCUGCAGCUGCUGUCACCGUAUCGAGAGAGUACAGCAAGCCGCAUUUGUCUGUGCGGACCGUAUCCUACGUGACGUGCCGUCAGCGCUCUGUCAUCGGUCAUCCCUUUUCGCUCUGCUGGAGCUCCUUUCCCUCAUGUGGUCGAGUUGCUUGGAAGCCGAAACAGACCAUUAUGACCCUCAAUCCAUCUUCACCUCAGAUCUAGGGGGAGUCACGGUCCAGCUCUCCGAUGACUACGAUUUCCGAAGAUGGACAGUUGACAUCCUUCACCGUAAGGCCAAGGGAUGGGUGAACGCCGCAAUCAACCUGGCCCCUUUGGACAUCAAGGGUCUUCUGCAAACCUACUUGUCCGAAUUCGACGAUGAGGGGGCUUAUGGCCACCUUUCUCUGGGAAGAUCCUUUGCGAUGGAGCUCGGCUCGGUAAUCCCCUCCACAGACAAUCGACUGCAAUCCAUGGACAAGAUUGGCAACUCGAGCGUCAACACUGCAUCUGAUUUUGUGGCGCAGUAUACGACUCGACAGGAGUACCGAUAUGGAGAGACGCUGCCAGACCGCGGUACUGAGUUGAUUAGCUUCAUGAACCACAACCGCCGCAUGUCUUUUGUGCAGUCAUCUGUCAAAGAGAGCGCCAACGCAACCACCGCCUUGGCUCACGUUGAAGCGAGAAUCUUGAGCAAGAAGAAUACAUCCAUCACCGAAGUACGAGAUAUCUUACGAAGGGCUGCCGCUCUUCUUUGCCGUACCGAGAGAGAUGAUUCUGCCGUUGCUCAUUAUCUCGUCAGCAUCCCGUUCGCCCUCUUCACGAAGCAAUCUAUUAAGCUUGGAGUUUCGUUGUGGCUGGGCGUAAUCAACGAGAACCCUAGGCUAGAGUCAAAGCUCCUGAAUGAGAUUGUUCAGCAGUGGGAGUUUACCCUUGCCAGGAAGGUUGGACUGUUCAGUCCAGCCCUUUCGCACGUGGAUCCCUUCUUCCUGAAGGAAGAGUUCGCACCCAGUGAACUGGAAGCCCUGGCGAAGAAGAAGCAGGUCGUUCAUGACAUCCUGUCUCCCCAUACUCGACUGCUCCAGUUUUUUGCCAGUCAUUUCAAUGCUACCCGCCACGGAAGCCCAGACACCCAAAAGGUGUUCUUGCGAAUGUUGGACCUCACACUAGACGCUGUCAAGCAAUCUGCGUCCCACCCCAUGGCAAGAGAGAUUCGAUUCCAGAUUGUCUUGUUUGGCCUGCGAGUUCUGCGAGCUAGCACCACGCUCAAGCCUACUGCCCAGUGGAGACUCAAGGAGAAGCUCCUGUCAGCUGGUCUUAGCUGGUUCAAAUAUUCACCGAGAUGGUCGUUCGGAAGCAACCUCUUGCAAAUCAAGACAGAAAUCCGACUUAUCUCGGACGUCAUCACUGCCUUGCAACAUGUUUCUCUCAUGGGAUCGCAGCCAGCCGGCAACACCAAGUCGCUGCAAUCCAAGGAACAGCUGCUUGAGCUUUUGCUGAAGAAUGAACAGUCACGAUUGGUUGUGUGGGUAAACCCGCUCAAUGUUCCUGCUGUCCAGUUGCCAGCUCAGGCAGCUUCAAAGGCUACCACAGAGGCUGCUCUCCUACCCCUGGUACGAACUGCUUGGUGGCAGGACCCUGCCAUUGCAAUUGAACUUGCAACCAGAUUCCCAUACCCCCGUCUCCAGCGCGAUGUCAGGUUCCUGCUCCUGACGAUGCCGGAGAAGGCUGUUUCUGAGCCAGAGGCCAUUCCCCUGAUCUUUGGCGGAUACCUUCCAGAGGACGUCAACCUGCAGCAGCUCAAGUACUUGUUGUUUUGGCAACCUGUGAAUCCUAUCACGGCAGUCACCAUGUUCUUGCCAGCCUAUCAGGACCAUCCCUUCAUCAUCCAAUAUGCCAUGCGUGCUUUGGAGAGCCACUCAGCCGAUAUCACAUUCUUCUAUGUUCCCCAAAUUGUGCAGAGUCUCCGUUAUGAUGCUCUUGGAUACGUGCAACGGUAUAUCCUCGAGACGGCACAGUUCUCCCAGCUCUUCGCCCACCAGAUUAUCUGGAACAUGAAGGCAAAUUCGUACAAGGACGAUGAUGCGCAGAUACCCGACGAGAUCAAGCCAAGCCUGGAUGUUGUCAUGGCCAAGAUGGUUAACGGCUUCGUGCCUGAAGACCGUGACUUUUACGAGCGAGAGUUUUCCUUUUUUGACGAGGUCACUGAUAUUUCCGGCAAGCUGAAACCAUACAUCAAGCGGUCCAAGCCAGAGAAGAAGCAGAAAAUUGAGGAGGAGCUGCGCAAGAUCAAGGUCGAGGUUGGUGUCUACCUCCCCAGUAACCCUGACGGUGUUGUCAUUGGCAUCGACCGGAAGUCCGGAAAGCCUCUUCAGAGUCACGCCAAGGCCCCUUACAUGGCAACAUUCCGUAUCAAGAAGAACAAGGGUGGUGCUCAGGAAGAUGACGACAUGUUGGAGGGGACCAACGGGACAACUAACGGUACGACCAACGGGCACUCCCAGAACCACCAGGAGGGCACCAGCGUUGAGGUUUGGCAGUCUGCCAUCUUCAAGGUUGGUGAUGACUGUCGACAGGAUGUUCUGGCGUUGCAGAUGAUUGCCGCGUUCCGAGGCAUUUUCCACGACGUUGGACUCGAUGUCUACGUCUUCCCUUACCGAGUCACCGCCACGGCUCCCGGCUGUGGUGUCAUUGACGUGUUGCCCAACUCAAUCUCUCGAGACAUGCUGGGUCGCGAGGCCGUCAACGGACUCUACGACUACUUCAUCUCCAAGUACGGCAACGAGGACUCGCUCCGGUUCCAGCGCGCCCGCAGCAACUUUGUCAAGUCGAUGGCGGCGUACUCGGUCAUCUCCUUCCUCCUGCAGUUCAAGGACCGACAUAACGGCAACAUCAUGAUCGACGACGCGGGCCACAUCCUGCACAUCGACUUUGGCUUCUGCUUCGACAUUGCCCCUGGUGGCAUCAAGUUCGAGCGCGCCCCCUUCAAGCUCACGUCGGAGAUGCUCGCCGUCAUGGGUGGCUCCACUGACCACCAGAGCUUCAAGUGCUUCGAGGAGCUCUGCGUCAAGGCCUUCCUAGCCAGUCGCCAGUACUGCGAAAAGCUCAGCCAGAUCGUCUGGCUCAUGAUGGACAGCGGCCUGCCCUGCUUCAAGCCCGAGAGUGUCAAGCAUUUCCGCGAGCGCUUCGUCCUCGACCGCAGCGAGCGCGAGGCGGCCGACUUCAUGAAGGGUCUCAUCAAGACCAGUUACUCGAGCUACAGCACUGGCAUAUACGACCAGUUCCAGCUUCUGACAAACGGCAUUCCCUAUUAAAAUGGCAAAGAUUGUGCUGCUUUUUGACUGCCUAUUCUGUUCAUUUUGUUUUAAUCAUCCAAGUGUUCCCGCACCCGGGCCCUGUUCUACAUAGCAGAGUAAUUAUUUGUCUUUUCUAUUGGUACACAAGUUUCUUUUUAGUAUUUAUAU